CAUAAACCCUUGACAUCUCUACCUAAACGAAACACCCUUCAUAGUUCUUCUCCAACUUGGAGUUGCAGAAGAUAAAGUGGGCAAGACAGUCGAAGAGGUGAAGUAGAUCUGAAGUGGGCGGCGUCGACCACGCUAUUGGGGUUGUCACCUCUCCGGUGUCGGCACGACAACGAUUUCUGGAAAAAAAUUCAUCAUGAUUUAUGUAUCUGGCCGGAGUUGGGAUUUCAAGAUCUGCAAACAAUUUGUGGAAUGCUAAGGGAGGAGUGGAGGUACUUUCAGGGGCUGUGGUAGGUGGACGGAUGGUUUCCUGCGAGUAGAGAUGAUCGGAGAUGAAGUAACCGAAGAUGAAGCUGCAACUCUAUUCUCAGCUGCAACUCUGAGCUUAAAACCAGACGAUGAAGAAGGACAAAUCAGUGUUAAUUGCAAGCCCUAACGAAACUACCGAAGCAAAUUCAUCUUUUUCAAACAGAGUAUUCCUUCCAGAAGAUGAAGAAAUGGAGAAGCAACAAACUACUAAUGACUUCCCUUUGCCAAUCGCCACUCGUAAUGGUUCCUCGAAAUACGAUUUCGUCAAGGUGAAAGUAUGGUUGGGUGAUAAUGCUGAUCACUACUAUGUCCUCUCUAGAUUUUUGCUUAGCAGAAUGUUGACUGUUACUAAGAUUCCUAAUCAUGUCGCUCUAAAAAUUGCCCUUGAACUCAAGAAGCUGCUCAUAGAUAAUAGCCUUCUGGACGUCUCUCAAUCUGAUCUGGAAGCUAAUUUGUUUAAGCUCAUGGAAAGGCGGGGCUAUGGGCAAGAAUAUAUAAAUCGUUACAAGAUGAUGACAAGAUUUCACCAUCAGCGAGUACCAUUAGUUAUUCUUGUAUGUGGCACAGCAUGUGUUGGAAAGUCAACAAUUGCUACCCAACUUGGUCAAAGGCUAAACUUGCCAAAUGUUUUACAGACGGAUAUGGUCUAUGAAUUGCUAAGAACAUCAACAGAUGCACCUUUGACAUCUUCACCUAUUUGGGCACGAGACUUUAGUUCAUCAGAGGAGCUAAUUACUGAAUUUUGUAGAGAAUGUAGGAUCGUUCGAAAAGGUUUGGCUGGUGAUUUAAAGAAAGCAAUGAAAGAUGGGAAACCGAUCAUUAUUGAGGGGAUGCAUGUGGAUCCUAGUAUAUAUUUAAUGGAUGAAGAGAACAAAUCACCACAUAAGGCUUCAAAAACAGAUGAAAAUGACUUAAAAGAAACAGAAAAUAAUGCUGAAAUUUCCAAGACAGAAACAAUUGGUGAAGAGUUGGAUAAAGUUUCGGAUGGGGUCAAAUCUGUUCAUAUUGUUGACCAAGUUGCUGAUGACAAUAAGCCUAUUUUAAGAAAAGAAAAAUCCAGGGUCACUGAACCAGUAAUAAUUCCUAUAGUACUUAAGAUGGCUGAAUUUGAUCAUAAGGCACUACUAGAAGAGUGGAUAUCUAGCAGAAAAUUCAGUGAUAAGUAUCCAAUCCAGGAAAAAGAUAAAGUGAUUAACAACUUAAAAACCAUCCAAGAUUAUCUGUGCUCAUUCAAGUCACAUGGAUUAACAGUUGCUAAUAUAUCUGCUACAACAUUCCCACAAACUCUUGAUUGGCUGCACAAUCAUCUCCUUCAGUGUAUUGAGCAAGGUAUAUCGACUGCCUCCAAAGGAAGCAGUAAUCAGACAACACAACAUGUGGAAGUUAAGAGUAGAGAUUAAUUAAUAUCUAGGAAAGUUGUUUGUUUUGUUUAAUGGAAUGGGAUGGAAUGGAUGAUUCCUGCAAUUCUGUAUAUUGACCUUUUUUGUAAGUAUAAAAAUGUUUUGUAGCAUUAACUAGGGUUGAUUAGUCUUUUUGAUCUUGAAA